CCUUACGCUACAGAAGUCUCUCUCCGGCGGGACCGUUUCCGCACCAGAAACCCUAGACCGAUCCUCCUCCAUCGCCAAUCUCUCUCUCUGUCUCUCUCUCUGUCUCUCUCUCUCUCUCUGUGGCGGAGGAAGCGAUUGAGGCGAGCGAGAUGGGAGGAGGAAUGGCGGCGGCGGAGCGGGAGCAGGGGAAGAAGAAGCCGAGGAAGCGGAACCGCGAGGAGUUCUCUCCCUUCGGCAACUACAGAUACUACUACGGCUAUCGCAUAAGUCAGGGAUUGGAUGAAGAUCCGCGGUUGAAGGUCUUGAAGCGGGAGUGGUUCCAAGGCAAGGAUUGUCUCGACGUCGGCUGCAACAACGGGCUCCUCACUAUCCGCAUCGCACAAAAGUUUUGCUGCCGGAGCAUUUUGGGAAUUGACAUUGACUCAAACCGAAUUGAGGAUGCACAUUGGAUCCUCAGGAAAGCUGCAAGAAUGCAAUCUGCUGGUAAGAGUGAUUCAAAGACUUUGGAAUCAAGGGCUGAAGAGAGACCAGAUGAUUAUGCACAGGACCUUAACCUGUCAAAAGAUGGGGAAACAAGGAAAUGUACAAAGAACCAUUCUUUUUCAGAGAAGAGAGAUCUCUUUGAGGUCGUGUCUUUCCAGCGGGAAAAUUUUGUUCUAGCUCGGGCUGAUGCUCAUGAAAGCUAUGAUACCAUUCUUUGUUUGAGCGUGACGAAGUGGAUUCAUCUGAAUUGGGGUGACGAGGGGAUAAUUACUUUGUUUUCAAAGAUCUGGCAACUUCUUAGACAGGGUGGCAUUUUUAUCUUGGAGCCUCAACCUUGGCGUUCAUAUGAAAAAAAUCGCUUGGUGUCCAAGGCAACAGCGGAGAAUUAUGAAGAGAUCGAGUAUCCACCAGAGGAUUUUCAGGACAUACUUCUUGAUAAGAUAGGCUUUAGGACGGUAGAGGACCUUACCUCCGGUUUGUCAGGGACCAAUGCCGGAUUCAAUAGACCCAUAUUGGCAUUCCGGAAAUAAUUAAACGGGAAAAGCUGCAAUUUUGGACUGAAGUUUGGUACUUGCGGUGAAGUCCAUCUCAUGGGGGGAGAUGUUUUUGAAAGGGACAGAGACUAGUCGUGUGCAAAGCGGACUCACAAAGCAUGCUGGCAUGAUAUUGUUCCGGCAUACAGCACCACCUUGAUACAACCUCUGUUCGGGAUUAUCGACACUGUAAGCAAGUGCCUCCAGACGAAAGUUGCGAGGGGAUCUCCAAGUUCCCAUGCAAAUUGUGGUUUCGAAUCUGUUAGUGGUUUGCGUUAGGCCUCACUGGGGAUGGCCCCGAUCCUAUUUGUGAGAACAUGCACUUAGCCGAAUGGAAAAGAAAGACGUACAAAUUUUUAACUUGUGCAGCAAUUAUUCAAACGUUCUUCCCAUUCACGUUGUCUCAACUUUGAAAUUUCUUGGCUCUACAUAUGCUCAGGCUAGUGAUAUCCGUUAAGUC